ACGAGAAUGAGGAGGCGCAGACAGAGGCCAUUCGGGAUGCCCUAAAGAUAAUCUUCAGGUUCGAUCUCGAUUGGGACACAUCCAUCGGCGACACCACCUUGAUGCGGUUUUUGGCGGCUCACGCCCGUUCGGCUUGGUGAUAAUCAAGAACGAGUCCGGGUUGGGUGGUGAUGCAUCUCUGCAAGCAGGUCUAUCCUACGCGAAAAUCGUAACAGGUGACAAUGACAAACUGGUACGGCAGCGACGGCGCCAGUCAAACUACCCUGCUAUCCUGAUCGGAAUGAUGGGUGACCUCCUCGAGAUCGGGAUUGCCAUGUACACCGACGGACCCUAUACCGACUGUGUCUUCUCGGAGCGGUUGCGUUUGGACUUCCACCGGAACGAGAACGUUCUCCGUGUCGCGCGGGCCUUCAAGGCUGUUCAGCUCGCUGUGAGUGACCUUCGCGCAUUUUAUGCACGACUCGACGCGGCACCUCCGAAUCCUCCCAUCAGCAUCGCACAUCUCUUUCCCUCACCUCUGCCGGACCCCUCCUGGAAGGACAGCAUACCAUCCUUGACUUUCACGCACCGGAUGUCUCGCGCUGGGCAGCUCUAUCUCAUGGCGGAGUCGCCAGAUCGGAGGUCUUCGUGCAUCUAUGUUGCCACUAUGCCCAAGUCACUGGCAUCAGGAGCCGGCGAUACUGCCGACGGCGAAGUCGAGGUCCUCGUCAAGUUCACCGCGAGCUACAACGAAGAAGCCCACCGCAUCCUCGCCGCAGCCGGGUUGGCGCCUAAUCUGCACGCCUGCAUUCCCGUGUACGAUCGCCUCUUCAUGAUUGUCAUGGAUCGUGUUCACGGCGAGAUGGCGUGGUCGUUCGAGCAGAGAAAGGAGCUCCUCCCGUACAGCAUCUACGCCGACGUCAAGACUGCCAUCAACCUGCUUCAUGACAAGAACCUCGUCUUUGGUGAUCUACGGUCUCCCAACAUCAUGUGUGUUCGUCGAUCCGAUGGCGAUGGCUCAGACGAACGGUGGAAUGCCAUGCUGAUCGACUUUGACUGGGCCGGGUUCACGGUGAUGCAUUCUACCCAGCGAUUAUGAAUGACCAACUAUGGUGUGGGUUCCCUCCAUGCGGCGAGGAGGGUUGAUGCAGAUGGAGCAUGAUGUUGGUAUACUCGAGCGAGUUGAAAAGUUGUGCGAACCGAACAUGGUGUAAUUCUGUAUUACUGGACGCGUAGAUGUGGUAAAUGC